CCGAGAUGGACCAGCUGGCUAACUUCCUUGGGCAUGAUAUAAGAAUUCAUCGUGAGUUCUAUCGACUUCCAGAGAAGACCCUGCAACUUGCCAAGAUCAGCAAGAUUUUAAUGGCUCUUGAGCAAGGAAGAUUAGCAGAGUUCCAUGGCAAGAACUUGGAUGAAAUGGGGAUAGAUCCUGAUGAAAAAGUGGAAAUUGACUGUGAAGAUGAGGAAGAUGACAUUGAGGAAGGACACUGUUCAACUAUUGUAGUCGAAACUUCAGAAGAUGUGGCCCUUCCUUCUGCCGAAAUGAAUUUGUCACCAUCACCCAAAAGAAGCACUCCGUCAGAUCAGCGAAUGUCUUCUGGAGCCAGCGCUAUGAGGCUGCCUUGCAAGGGUAAAACUACCAAAAAGAAGAGUCAGAAGAGUCCUUGGCAGCAGCCUGAGGUGCAGGCAGUGGAAAGGCACUUGAAGCCGUUUAUUUUAUCUGGCACUGUCCCAGCAAAAAGGGAUUGUGAAAAAUGUCUGAGAGCUGAACCUGAAGCUUUGAAGAACCGCGAUUGGAAGACAGUAAAAUUUUACAUAUAUAAUCGCAUCACAGCAUACAAAAAAAAAUUGGAGAGUAAACAAUAGUAUAAAUAUAAUCGUUCAUGCCAGGAAGUAUGUUUA